UAAAAUCAAAAUAUUAUAAAACCACCGCCUUCAAGAAACCCAAAUUCUGUCCUUGUUUUCCUCUUCACAACUUGUAGAACUCGAAAAUGACGAGCUGUAUGUGUUGCAGGUCAUCGAUUGUGGCCAAUCCGAUUCACAACGAUGGUUUUGUGUCGUUGACCACGGCUCUAAGUCGUGUUGGGGUUUCUGUUCCUCAUGGUUCAAGAACCAGGUCCCUCGGGAAUUCAAGGGUUCGCGGCGUGCGAGCUUCAGCUGUGGAAUCCUAUGAAGGCUCCUCUAGUUUUGUUAAUCGCAUGGAGAAAGCCUGGUUAAUCUCUAAGCAACCAAGGCCUGUUGCUUGUUCUUCUUGCAACUCAAAUGGGCAUAUUGAAUGCAAAUGGUGUGCUGGUACGGGCUUCUUUGUUCUUGGCGAUAACAUGCUUUGCCAAGUCCCUUCAAAAAGUACUAGCUGUGUUAUAUGUACUGGAAAGGGAGCAAUGCGAUGCUCAGAUUGUAAGGGAACAGGUUUUCGUGCCAAGUGGUUAGGACAGCCUCCUAUUUCCAAGUAGCAGCUUUGGUUGAUAGAGAUCUGAUGUCGAAAAGCUUCAAGCAUCAAAGUUCAAAUAGAAACUGUAUUAACGUAGAAUUCAUGUUGUAUCAUAUAUCCUGUUUCAAUAGGGUUUAUGGUCCAGUUGUUGUAGUUGAAUAUUCUUUAAAUCACAAUAAAAGUUAGAUCCUUUAUUGUUUAAA